AUGAUCCUCCUGGGACUGGCUCGAGUGCCGAAAGAGCUUCUCGAGGUGGCAGACAGCGGGGGUAAUGCAAUGCACGCGGGCGAGAGAAAGAAGUCGGACGGACGAUUGGCUAGGAAGGUGACACGAUCAGGCUACACUCAGGUCGUUGGGGAAUCAAUUCAGGAACUCACUGGACCCCAAGAGAAGAUGGAUGCCGGAAAAGCGCACGUAGGACAGCUUGUCCGCGACAAUCCUGGAAGAGAACACGAGGCACAAGCUCUCGAUUACACCCGUCGAGGGCCACCACGCACACAGGAUAUGCAAGUGCGUGAGGGCUGGCAUCGAGGGCGGCAGGUCCUGCGGCAGGUUUCGGAGCGACGGGAACAGGUCCUCCGCGAGACGCAGCGUCAGGUGCGAGAGCCUCGGGAACUCCGUGGUGAGGACGGCGGAGAACAUCGCGAAUUGCCAGAACGCAUUGUGGAAGAGACACGUGAGCGACUCGAGGGACGGCGCGACGAGGGUGAGGAUAGCCUGCAACCGCCGAGCCGUGUCAAGCCCAGCUUGCUCCCGCAUUUUUCGGGUGAUAUCAUCCCCGAUAUUCCGGUCGAGGAUGUCCAGCGCGUACCGGCUGUCAUUCUUGGGUAUGAUAAGAAAGAGGCACCCUGA